AUGCCCGUGCUUGCGACGACGAGGCUCAAGGAAGCAUAUGCAUCUCUCACAUCCUCAGCCGUCAAUGGCACCCAGAUCAAUGCCCCGCAGCGACGUACCGAGCUUCGAGGAGGACAAAACAGCUUGCUCAUCCUCUGCGCGCCCGACGUCGAUGCCAUAUGCGCGGCGCGUAUACUGACCACGCUCCUCAAGGAAGAUUGGAUUGCCUUUACGCUCGUGCCCGUCUCUGGCUGGUCGGAGCUCGAGCGCAUCAAUGUCGAGAGGAUAGAUGGCAAUCUCGACUUGCGCUCCAUCGUCCUCAUCAACUUUGGCGCGACGAAGGACUUGAUCGAGCUGGACGUCCUUUCGCCGUCACCUGGCGUCAGGAUACACGUCAUUGAUUCACAUAGACCCUACAAUCUCGACAAUCUGUUUUCAUUCAAGGUGCCGUAUCAAGAUGUCUUCAUCUGGGAUCAAAAUGAGGUAGCCGAUCUCGACGAGGAGCGAAGAGCAUUUGAAGCACUCGAUGCCGAGCCAGACUCCUCAUCGGAAGAGGAAGACGCUGACACAGACGAGGAGGAUCUCAAUUUCGCUCGACGUCGGCGCGAACGGUUGUCAGCGACAGCGCGCUCACCUAGCAGCUCUUCUCGGAGCAAUCUCUUCUCGGACAACGACGACGACGGCGGCGGCGGCGGCAGCGGCGGCGGCGGCGAUCAGGACGACGAGAGUGGCUUCAGCAGGAAGCGUAAAAGGCGGAGGAGUCGUCAGCCUUCAGGUCCAUCCGGCCUGUCCCUGCAAGACAAGAAACGCUAUCGCAAUACCAUCCGACGAUACUACGACUCUGGCACCUACUUUGGCUAUUCUGCAGCAGGUGUGCUCUAUGGCCUUGCCGUGCUGAAGGACCGCGCAGACAACGAAUUGCUAUGGCUUGCAAUUCUGGGUCUCACGUAUCAAUUCACAGCCGGCCUCGUCGACCGCGAGCGCUACGAGCGCUUCUCGGGCUUGUUCGGAGAUGAGGCUGCGAGACUGAAUCUUGGCGAGCAGCCUGCUAGCAGCAGCAAAACGGAUGACAGGGACAUCCGCGCCAGUCACGAGUUCCGAUUUAUGCUGCUUCGGCACUGGAGUUUGUACGACUCAAUGUCGCACUCAGGCUACAUAGCCAGUAAGCUCAGGCUAUGGCGAGAUCGCGGCAGGAAGAACCUGCAAGGUUUGCUUGCCAAAAUGGGUUAUUCACUCUCGCAAGCAAGACAAAGCUGGGUCCACAUGGAUAUGGACCUCAAGCGCGCACUACCCGCAAAGAUCGAGUCGAUCGCGCCUGAAUAUGAGCUUGACGAUCUAUCGUUUCCGUCUUUCUGUAGAUCCUACGGUAUGGCUGGCCCGCUAUCCGCUUCGGAUGCCGUGGAAGGGCUAGGCGCGCUGCUAGAGGUCUCUUGCGGCGUCAAGCUUGACUUUUCUGGCCUCGGCGGCCAAGCCGAAUGGGAUUCUUCAGUAGUCAGGGCAUGGAGCUACGGACGAUACGGAGAUUCCGAGACGGCGAGGGUGGACAAAGAGCACGUCCGAGCAGAAGCACCCAACAUACAAGCCGAGUCCGAUGAGCUUGCGCUCGUGAAGAUCAAGAGCAGCGCAUGGUGGGUGAGAAGCUUCUCAACCGCAUGGGAUGCAAUGGCCAAUGAAGGUCUGUUGCGGGCGUCGCUACCGUUGAGCAUGGCUCUUCAUCGUGCUAUAAUACGACAAGGGACUUCGCUGCUCGAGAAGAAAGCGAUCAAGAGCUUGACAGACUUUCGACUCGCAACAAUCAGCGAAGGCCCUGAUCUUUCGGUCUUUUCGCAUCCUGCGACGCUGUCAAGACUGGCGGUCUGGCUCAUUGACGCCAUUCGAGAUCUCAUGCAACAAGCGCGACCCAAUGCUGGCAAGGGUGGCAUCAAAUCCUUACCCUUCAUCUUGGCUUCGCUCGACGAGCGCUCGGACGCGUAUCUCGUGGUAGGCAUGACUGGAGCUGCCAACUUUGACAACGUCAAGAAAAACAAAUUCGGUCGAGCCUUCGAAGAUGCAGCUGAGCUGUCUGGCGCGACUGUUCAGCACGACGGCUUUGAAUCGAGCGUUAUACAGGUACCACGGGACGACCUGACACUCUUUCUAGAAAAGGUUCAUCUCAACAUGGCAACAUCGCGCAUCUAG